AGCAGCAGCAGCAGCAGCAGCAGCAGCAGUUGCAGCAGCAGCAGCAGUAGCAGCAGCAGCAGCAGCAGCAGGCGGAGAAGCAACGGCAGCAAGAUGUGCGGAAUCUUUGCAUAUAUGAACUACAGAGUACCCCGGACAAGGAAGGAGAUUUUUGAAACUCUAAUAAAGGGUCUCCAGAGGCUGGAAUACAGAGGAUAUGAUUCUGCGGGUGUGGCAAUCGAUGGAAAUAAUAAUGAAGAUAAAGAAAGACACAUCAAACUAGUUAAGAAAAGGGGGAAAGUCAAGGCUCUUGAUGAAGAACUCUACAAGCAAGAUGGCUUGGACCUCAAAGUUGAGUUCGAGACACAUUUUGGAAUGGCUCACACUCGCUGGGCCACACACGGAGUCCCCAGUGCUGUGAACAGUCACCCUCAGAGAUCCGAUAAAAACAACGAAUUUGUUGUCAUCCAUAAUGGGAUCAUCACAAAUUAUAAGGACCUGAGGAAAUUUCUGGAGACCAAAGGGUAUGAGUUUGAGUCCGAAACGGAUACUGAGACAAUUGCCAAGCUGAUCAAAUAUGUGUAUGAUAACAGAGAAAGCGAAGACAUCAGCUUCUCAACCCUGGUAGAAAGAGUCAUUCAGCAGUUGGAAGGAGCAUUCGCAUUGGUUUUUAAGAGCAUCUACUACCCAGGUGAAGCAGUAACAACCCGGAGAGGAAGCCCUCUGCUCAUUGGAGUUCGCAGCAAAUAUAAACUUUCCACGGAACAGAUCCCCAUCUUAUAUAGGACAUGCAACAUUGAGAAUGUGAAGAACAUCUGUAAAACCCGAAUGAAGAGGCUGGAUAGUUCAACCUGCCUUCACGCUGUUGGAGACAAAGCCGUAGAAUUUUUCUUUGCUUCCGAUGCCAGUGCUAUUAUUGAACACACCAACAGAGUCAUUUUCCUUGAAGAUGAUGACAUUGCAGCAGUGGCUGAUGGAAAACUCUCCAUCCACCGAGUGAAACGCUCAGCUAGCGAUGAUCCAUCUCGAGCCAUCCAGACCCUGCAGAUGGAAUUGCAGCAAAUUAUGAAAGGAAACUUCAGUGCUUUCAUGCAGAAGGAGAUUUUCGAGCAGCCAGAAUCAGUCUUCAACACCAUGAGGGGCAGGGUGAAUUUUGAGACCAACACAGUGCUGCUAGGGGGCUUGAAAGACCACUUGAAAGAGAUCCGAAGGUGUAGACGGCUGAUCAUCAUUGGCUGUGGGACUAGCUACCACGCGGCAGUUGCAACACGGCAGGUAUUGGAAGAACUGACAGAGUUGCCUGUGAUGGUGGAACUUGCUAGCGACUUCCUGGACAGAAAUACCCCUGUAUUUAGAGAUGAUGUUUGCUUUUUCAUAAGUCAGUCAGGUGAGACCGCCGACACCAUCAUGGCCCUGCGUUACUGCAAGGAGCGUCGAGCUCUGACGGUUGGCAUCACGAACACGGUGGGCAGCUCCAUCUCCAGAGAGACCGACUGCGGCGUGCACAUCAACGCCGGCCCUGAAAUCGGGGUAGCGAGCACCAAGGCUUACACCAGCCAAUUCGUCUCCCUGGUGAUGUUUGGCCUGAUGAUGUCGGAAGACCGCAUUUCUCUGCAAAAUAGGAGGCAGGAGAUCAUCAACGGACUGCAGUCGCUCCCAGAGAUGAUCAAAGAAGUGUUAGCUUUGGAUGAGAAGAUCCAUGAUCUGGCCUUGGAACUCUACAAACAAAGAUCCCUUUUGGUGAUGGGUCGUGGUUAUAACUACGCUACUUGCCUGGAAGGAGCAUUGAAAAUCAAGGAGAUCACAUACAUGCACUCGGAAGGCAUCUUGGCAGGAGAGUUAAAACACGGGCCCCUAGCCCUCAUUGAUAAACAGAUGCCAGUGAUCAUGGUCAUUAUGAAGGAUCCCUGCUUUACAAAGUGCCAGAAUGCUCUGCAACAGGUCACUGCUCGCCAGGGUCGCCCGAUCAUACUGUGCUCGAGGGAUGAUACCGAGAGUUCCAAGUUUGCAUAUAAAACUAUUGAGCUGCCACAGACGGUCGACUGCCUCCAAGGAGCCUUAAGUGUUAUUCCUUUGCAAUUGCUCUCAUUCCACUUGGCGGUUCUCAGAGGAUAUGAUGUUGACUUUCCUAGAAACCUGGCCAAAUCAGUGACGGUGGAAUAAGAAGAGAUGAGUGUUUGUUGUACUUGGGUCACUCAAGUGUCGUUCUGCUUCUUCACAUUCAACGGUCUGAUUUGUUACAUGCUUGUAACUAGAAUUGACAAAGUAAACUGAAAAGUGAGAGUGUUUUUAGAGAGUUCUCGAGUACCUUGUUUAAUUGCAGCUUGAAAAGCUUUCAAUGUGCCUUUACCCAAGUGCUUUUGCUUAUAGCAAAUACCUGUUUCUAUAUGUCCUGAAGUUGCCAAAGGAGGAGGAAAAUCAUUGUUUACAUAUGGUAUACAGAAUGAACUUUUCUACUACUGUGCAAUAUAUAUAUAUAUAUAUAAAUACAUCUCUUCAGAGUAACUGUGAACAUUUUUUUAGCCAAUACUACUUAGUUUUAAAGACAAAGUAUUUAUAACUACAGUUGUAUAGCUUUUAAGUUAUUUUUCUAGUCUGUUGCUUGACUGUAGCAGUGGUAAUCCCCUUAUUGUAAAUCCCCGACAUGUAACAGUUCGUUGUUUUAAUGUGCUGUCUCCAUUAAAGAGUAGUUCACAUGUUAACUUGGAACUACAGAAUGGAUCUCCCGCCUUUCCCAUGCUUCCCCGAUCAUUCUCAUCUCUCUCCAGCUCCCAGUAACCUGAGAAUCGUCAACUUUGACUCAUUGCCCCAAGGCUGCAAUUCCUCAAGCUGUCACUUCAGUCUUAUCUGGUCCCAGUUCUCAAGCCAAAGUAGCAUUUCGGUGAAUGCUUAGAACCAAACUGGCUUGGAAUUUCCCGUGCAAGGGGAAAUCUUUCAAAUGGGCUGCCAGUUUAAAAGCAUAUGCAGACCAAUCGCUAUGCAACAAAACAAAAUAAAGACAGUACACUUUU